UGUACAAGGUCCCACUCAAGGCGUAUUUUGCUGAAGCUUCAUCGUCCUUGCGCCAGCCGCUCCACUGCCAUGGGUCACGUCUUAGCAAAGCUGAGGCACAUCCGACGUCCAAUCAAUGUCAUGGUUACCACCAUGUUAGAUACCGCGAUCAGCAUUGCAACGCUUCCAUAUUAUCGCGCUUAUCAAUUCAACACUUCAAAACCACUACUGAUGAUCGCGAACCUCGCUACACAGUCAACAGAAUCGAUGGACCUCCUCCGCUUGAUUGCGUUUUGGAGAGAGAGAAAACUCGCGGAACUACAAUAUGUGUCCAUCGCUUGCACUGUCCUUGCCGCCGCGGUCAUAGGCGCAUUUUCUUGGGACACAGUCCAACACACAUAUUGGCUUACACAUGGAUUCUGGCACUCUUCUCUCGUUCUGUCGACACUUGGGAUUCUUCUCUCCGCAUCGCAGGCUGCUGCGUUGCAAUCUCUAGGACCUGCUUCCAUCCCAAAGAGAAUUCAUGCUUUGGAACCGGACAGAGCAAAGGUCACCAUCGCUAGAUACUCCCCACUGCUAAUAUCAGAUACCCCGACUGGAUUCGUACCACGGAAAAAGAUGCUAUUCACGUGGCAGGGGCCUAUAAUGUUGAUGAGCUACUCCGCUUGUUUGUUUCUAGCUGGUCUUACUGUCCUCGUUUGCAGUCCGCUCAUUAUGAGAGAAGGCCGGGGUCCAGGAUAUAACAUUGCCAUAAUGUACCUGACAGUCGCCGCCGCAGCCGGUCCGAUCUUUCUGUUCUGUUCUUUCUGGGCUUAUCAUUAUGUGGACAUCGACUCUCUACCGGUCGAAAGUGAAGCAGACAAUGAGACUGCGAAUUCUCCAUUCCCUCUGAAGCAUAACAUGAGAGUGUAGGGGGGGCUAGUUCUAAAGCGUUGGGAUACUGAUUUUCAAUCCAGGUCUCUCGUACUCUUUUGAAACACCAAGUUUUUUACUUCAGUGCUCACUCAGCACGUAAAAAACUCAGUAGUCUCUCGUACUCCGAGAUACUAUAACUACGUAGUUAUUGAUUGAUUUGAGUUCCGUUAUGAAAUUUGGCAUGGGCUUCAUCUUCAUCAGUCAAGUCCGAGGGAACAUUUCACUCCAGAAAAUUAGAUCUGUUUGCUUGAAUAUAUACACAUGUUGUGGUGACCCCAGAGGUGUGCUUGACUUCGCUCUUCCUGACGAGUCUUCAGUCUUGCCC